UCAGUGCUCACUGCAGAAAAUUUGCUUCUCCAGAGGAAAAAUUUCGCACAACUGCUUUCCUCUUUACGUUUUUUGUCUGAUGCAGCUGGUCUGUGUCUUCCACGUUUUUUAAUACGGCAAAACAGCGAACUCUCAUGGUGGCCAGUGUGCCCUGCAGAACCGCGUAAAACAACCAGCUGCAAUUUAGUUUUCCAGGUUUCAGCUGUUGUGGUUUCUCAGCCUGUUUUCAGUGUCCCAUUUUGUCCCAUACUUUCCCCCCACAUUCUCCACAGAUCAUGGCCGACGGCAAUGAAAAUGAAGUGGAGAUGCUAUCCGAUGAUUCGGAGGAGUACGACACGGCGCAGGAGUACUCGGAUGAAUAUUUCCCCUUCGACAACGACGACGCAGCAGCCAGUGCAGCUGGUCCGCCAGGCAUUCCGUCGUUCAUCUCCCCCUACGCCAAUCCCGCCCAGGCCCCCGCACCGGCCCCCCAGAACGGCGCCGUCCUGCCGCCGUCCGCCAAUAUCGUCAACUGGACCGGGUACAGUUAUUCGCAUCUGCACUCGGGCGGACCUGCGUACCAAGCAAAUCUGGCCAGCCAACUGCAGCAAUCCGCCGCCGCGUUGCAAGCGUCUGCCGCCGCCAUGGGCAUGCAGGUAGGAGCGGGGGCGCAGCAUCUGCCGCCGCCGCCCGCUGUCGGCGCCCCUCCGGGGCCCGGCUCCCCGGCCAACCCCUUCAUGAGCGAGAUGCGCAUGCACAACUCGUGGGAUCCGCUGCAUUCCGCGGAAUGGGACCGCAAUGCGCCGAGCGAUCUCUGUCUGGGCCGUAUCGCGCGCGAUCUGCACAGUUUAUUCACCGAUCCGAUUCCGGGCGUCGUUGUGCAUGCCUUUGAAAGCAAUGUGACGAAGAUGUUGGCCUUGAUUACGGGACCAGUGGGAACUCCGUACGAAGGUGGGUUUUUCGAGUUCUUCCUGCGCUGUCCGCCGGAUUAUCCCAUCACUCAUCCACGGGUGCGUUUGCUCACAACCGGCGGCGAUACGGUGCGCUUCAAUCCGAAUCUCUAUGCGAACGGCAAGGUCUGCUUGAGUCUCUUGGGAACUUGGAGCGGACCAGCGUGGAGUCCCGCAUUGAAUAUCUCCAGUUUGCUUCUCUCAAUCCAGAGUCUCAUGGGGGAAUUUCCCUAUCGUAAUGAACCGGGAUUCGAAAAGUCUCCGGAGAACAGCCCGGAAGUGGUGCGCUACAAUAUCGCCAUCAAACAUGAGACGAUCCGCGUGGCGGUAAUCGAGAUGGUUGAGCUGGCGCUGAAGUCGGUGCAGCCGAUGGCGGUGGGAGCCGGCGAUGAGUUCAGCAAGAUGCCGGAGAUGUUCCGCAAGCGCAUUCUCACGGAAUUCCUCCGGAUCUAUCCCAAUUAUCUGCGUAUUAUCGACGAACAGAUGAAGAACACGUCGGCGGCACGCCACGGCGGCGGUAUCGCGGCGCAUUUCAUGGAAGGCCGCAUAAAGUACAACUGGAAGCAGCUGGCGGAGAAACUGCCGCCCCUGCAGGAGCGCGUGCAGGCAGAGGUCAGCAAGUGGAACGAGAAGGCCGACAGCGGCAUGGACGAUAUGGGUGAUUCGUGAAAAUUUGAGCGACGGUUUUCUGGCUCAACGCUGUCAAGUGUCCAGUUGGAACGGCGAGGUUGUCCUUCAAAUUAAUUCGUUUAAUCAACAAUUCUUUCCGCGUUUUUGGGGUGUUGCGUCGGCGGGAUAUUCGGGAAAGGGAAAACAAGGGGAUGUUUAUAUUUUUGUGAUGGGAACUGGGAAUGCGGUAUGAAAUUGCGCACUGUGUAUAAAAAUGUUUUUUUCUGUUUGAUGACAAUUGGCGGUAACGGCGAGUUGAUGUUUUUUCCUUAACCUCGGAGAUUUUGGAUGUUGCGGUUGUUUUUCGGGAGGGGAUGUUUUCAAUGAGGAGUGGAUGAUUGAGGUUACUGCUGUUUUUCGGUUUAUUAUUGCUUAUGCCGAUUCAGUUGAAAUGGAAUGGGAUUUCAAAUGUUUGCGAAUGCAUUGUGUAGAAAAGUGUUCAAUAAAAUUUUUUAAACGGGA